AAACAUUUGCUUUUAUUUUGGAAAACUACUAAGGGUUGAUGAGAACAUCACCCCCUCAUGUGAUCUUGCCUUAUUGUUGUUGUUGUUGUUGUUUAAAAUCACUGAACAAUACCAAAUACAGUAGUCCAAAACAAUUGGUUAAUAUACAGUGAUCGGGGUCUUUCUAAUUCACUUAAAUUCAAAAUAUUUUUUUAUAUCAGAUUAUCCGAUUAAUUGAUGGGAUAACAGUCAGAAUAAUCAAUUCAAAAAUAUCGUGCCAGCUAUCUACAUCAUACAUAGGUAUUAUAUUUUUGAAUUCAAGACGUCCAUGUGUGUUCAACCCUGCAAUCUAUGUGCAACCCUGAAGUAUUCUGCCAAUAUUCCAAAGUGAUAAUAAAUUCUGGAAAGAUGUAUAAAUAUAAGCGACAUUGACUGUGGUUUCAGUCUUCAUCGAAACAUGAUUGCAACACAACUAAACAAGACUUUCUUCUACAUUUUAUAAUUACGCAUGUGAAAUUUGACAUCCACAAAUUCGGUCGUAGUAAUUAAAAGCUGAUUUUUUUUAGAAUGAUAUCAGACAAUACACAAACACCAUACUCAACUCUAAAAACAACAAAAAAGACCUAAAGUUAGUCGAAAGUUCGUGUUUAAUUCAUUGUCUGUCUGAUUUGCUUUUUUGUAUAUUGCGUUUUCAAUAAAGAUUGUCAGAAAAAAUUAUCACUUUUCACGUUUACAAAAAAGAGGUGAAAUAGAGAAAAAUGUAAAAUAUCUCAAGAAAAGCAAAAAACAAUAACUGUACAACCGCCUUUUGGUUUAUUUAGUUACGUAAUGCACUGAAGAAUGCUGAGUCCUGAGAGUGGAUCUAGUUUCUGUCUUUCUAUACUCAAAAGCAACGCGAGUGCUCGGCGCAUGCGCAAAUUCUAAAACGCGAUUUGCACAAGGGGCCAGCAUCAAGAUGGCGGGAGCCUCCGACCCGCUGGAGGACAUGCUCUUCAAUGAAGUAGACGAGAAGGCAGUCAGCGACUUAGUUGGCUCUCUGGAAUCGCAACUGGGGGAGGCCGAAGGCCCUGCCUAUUCCGCCGGCAAACGCGAGGGAGCUCAGGCCGCCGCCACUCACUUCUCAGGGAAAGUGCGCGAGCAAGAGCCGCAACAAGGACACCCGGGGGCGGCUUUAAAGCUCCAGCCUCCCGCCGCUCAGCUUCUCCCCUCAUACUCUUCUACCUCCGGCGGCGGGAGCGCGGCUCCAGUCAGUGGCGGCGCCGGCCCCGGCCCCGAGACGUUUGGUCCGGCUGCUUCGAGCUCGCCCGUCCGCGCGCCGGCAGUUCAAACUUUGAGUGCCCAGCCCGCCGCUGCCGUUAGCUUCCAGCGGGCUGCCGAAGCCAGCGGCAGGACGGCGUCGCCCGGCUUGCAAAGUUUGAACGGUACCGCGGGAGCUGUCAAGUUGCUCAGCUCUGCCGCCUCGACAACAACGACGACAACAACAUCAACAAUAACAACGACGACGACGGGGGCGGCGGUGACGGCGACGGCGACGGCGACGACGACGAUGGUGUAAAUCAUUGAGACGGCGAAUAGCCCCCUUUCGGUC